AUGUCAUCUGGUUCAACAAUAUUUACAAAAAUAGUUAAUAAAUGGAAUAUAGCAUUAAUUGGUUUAAUGGCUUAUCUUCGUGAAACUAUUAUUAAUAUACAAGACUUAUUAGAUUUACUUGUUAAAUGUGAAAAUAAAAUUCAAACUCGUAUUAAAAUUGGUUUAAAUUCGAACAUGCCAUCACGUUUUCCAUCUAUUGUGUUUUAUACACCAAAACAAUUAGGUAAUUUAGGUAUGUUAUCAAUGGGAUAUGUUUUAAUACCACAAUCAGAUCUUCGAUGGUCAAAACAAACUGAUGAUAUUAUAACACAUUUUUGCUCUGGUAUGAAUCAUGAUGAAGAUCAACUUAUACCUAAUUUAUAUCGUUAUAUAAUGCCAUGGGUAGCCGAAUUUAUUGAUUCACAAUGUGUUUGGGUUGAAUAUGCACUUAAACGACAAGAAGCCAAUACAUUAAAUAAACGUUUAACAUUAGACGAUCUUGACGAUUAUUAUGAUAGAGGAAUUCCACGUAUUAAUACAUUACUUUAA